UUGGGCUCAGUGGCGUAAGUACCUCCAUCCAGCAGGAGUCGCUGUGUCAGUAUUACCUCAAGUCAAGAUGACGACGUUAAGACCGUUCACCUGCGACGACUUGUUUAAAUUUAACAAUAUCAACUUGGACCCUUUGACAGAAACAUAUGGGAUCCCCUUCUACCUGCAGUACCUGGCCCACUGGCCUGAAUACUUCAUUGUUGCCGAGGCUCCUGGAGGUGAACUGAUGGGAUACAUCAUGGGGAAGGCAGAGGGAUCCGUGGCCCGGGAAGAGUGGCAUGGUCAUGUCACAGCUCUGUCCGUGGCUCCCGAGUUUCGAAGGCUCGGAUUGGCAGCAAAACUCAUGGAAAUGCUGGAGGAAAUCUCAGAAAGGAAAGGUGGCUUCUUCGUAGAUCUCUUUGUGCGAGUAUCCAACCAGGUGGCGGUCAAUAUGUACAAGCGUCUGGGUUACAGCGUCUACAGGACUGUCAUCGAGUAUUACUCGGCCAGCAAUGGUGAACCAGACGAGGAUGCUUAUGGUAAGAUGCCUCCUGAUUUUGUCCUUGUGAUGUUGGACGCAAGACAGAUACAUGUUGUCCAUGUGUGCAGACAUGAGGAAAGCUUUGUCCAGAGAUAUGGAGAAGAAGUCCAUCAUUCCAUUGCCACAUCCUGUAAGGCCCGAGGACAUCGAAUAACAAUCCUUGUGGCUCUAUGACACUCAUAUUUCUGAACAUCAAAGAGCCACAGCGUGAAAGCACACAUUCUUAAAACUGUAUUUGCUGUAAAUUCUAAAUAAAGUUUUGUUAAAAAAAGA